UUUCAUUUUUUUCCUGUAUUAUUAUUAUUAUUAUUAUUAUUCCAGAAAAAACAGAAAAGGGGGGGAUUUGUACACUGGCAAUCGUGAAGGAAUUUUGUUUCUGUAGAGAUUGAAGGAAACAAAAAAUAAAGGGGAUUAGGGUUUCAGAAGAUUGGUUGGUUGGCUCAAUUCUCGGCAAUCCAGCUUCAAGCUUGAAUCUUUUGUUUUUCUUAAACGAGUAGAAAGUAUAAUGAGUGGUUCCAAGGAAAAUGACGACGCUCCAGUCGCCGUUUCGGAUACCCAGAUACUGAAAGUGGAACAAAAAGAAGAAGAAGAAGAAGAAGAAGAAGACGAGGCUCAAAUUGGAAAUCCCCCUCCGGCUGAGACUACUGAAACUGAAGCAGCAGCUACUACUGCUGCUGCUGCAACUGCAAUUAUUGAGGAUAAGGACAAGGAUAAGAAUAAAACAUCCUCAAAGGAGGAAGAUUCCAAGAAGCCACAUUCUAAUUCUAAUUCUGUUUCUGUCUCUGUCGAUCACAAAACCACCAUUGCUACUGCUACAACUACUGGUAGUCGUGUUGAUGCCAAAACUGAAGCUUCUGAGCCUCCGAAUCCCAAUUCUCAAGCCCAGACUCAGAAUGAUAAUGGCAACGGAAUUCCAACCUCAAAGGACCAGUUUUUCAUAGACGACAACUACCUCGUGUACGAAGAAGGGAGCGAAUCGGGGGCGGAAGAAGACCAAUCCAACUUCAUGAAGGAGCUUGAGCUUUUCUUCAAAGAGAGAAGCCUGGAAUUCAAGCCCCCCAAGUUUUACGGAGAGGGCCUCAAUUGCCUUAAGCUUUGGAGGGCUGUCACUAGAUUGGGUGGCUACGACAAGGUGACUUCAUGUAAGUUGUGGCGGCAAGUGGGAGAGUCCUUCAAACCCCCAAAGACAUGCACUACGGUUUCUUGGACAUUUCGAGGUUUCUAUGAGAAGGCACUCCUGGAUUAUGAAAGACAUAAAACACGUGGUGGUGAACUUAGUGUGCCUGUUUCUUCCCAUGCAGAGCCUAGUAAUGUUGAUACUCAGGCUUCGGGAUCGGGUAGAGCACGUAGGGACGCAGCGGCGCGUGCUAUGCAGGGUUGGCACUCGCAGAGACUUCUUGGUAAUGGUGAAGUCAGUGACCCCAUUAUUAAGGAUAAAAAUUCCAUCUCCAUGCAGAAGCGUGAAAAACAACUCAAAAAUAUAGCACCAGGUUUGCUCAAACGUAAGAAGCAACCUUACACGGACCAUGCAGUAAAGGCGACACGUACUAAAGCAUCCAAGACACAGUUGGACACUGCAGUGGUUGAUGUUGGACCUCCAGCUGAAUGGGUGAAGAUCAAUGUGCAAAGAACUAAAGAUUGCUACGAGGUAUAUGCUUUAGUUCCGGGACUUCUACGUGAGGAGGUGCGUGUGCAAUCUGAUCCAGCUGGACGGCUGGUUAUAAGUGGUGAACCCGAGCAGCCCGAUAACCCGUGGGGCGUCACACCUUUCAAGAAGGUUGUGAGCCUGCCAUCAAGAAUUGAUCCACACCAGACAUCAGCAGUUGUCACUCUGCAUGGGCAGUUGUUUGUUCGCGUUCCGUUCGAGCAGUCGGAGUAAGAGCAUUUGAGGGUCUGCAUCUGCACAUGCAUCAUCCUCCCCACUCUUGUUUCCUUUCUUUUUUUUAUUUUUUUUUUUAUUUUUAUAAAUUCGCUCUCUUCUUGUAAUCCCCAAAUAGUCAAGUAGAAAUAGGAGUUUGAGCGUAUGUUUCUGUGGUAAUCCAUAAGUAGUUAGGCCUAACAGUGCUACAGUUGAAUUAUGUAUGUGUUGAACAUUUCAAUUUAGUUUUUGAACCUGUGUGAUUUGUACAUUAUUAUUUUGUACUAGAGAUUAGAGAUGAAUGGAUGAUGCUAA